GUGGUUUUGUUUACACUGCAGACUCAGAGGAUAACAGUCUGCAGUCGAGUAUUGACCUGCUGACUUUUCUGUCUCCCCAAAACAUUUGAUUAAUAAAAACAAAACACAAGAGCUUUUACACACAAAUGGGGACCAGUUGGUUUGUAGUUUGGAGUGUUUGGAUCUUCUUGUGUCAGACUGCAGCUGCAGAGGAAUCACCAUGUCAACCUGGAUUUGAGUCAGAGAUGUUAAUAUUAAAAGUGAUCAAAAAAGCCCUGGAGGAAGGCACAAGACUCGGCAAAGUUGGCUUUACUGACUGCACGGGCCGCACACAGUUUCUCUUCAGCACAGAUGACAGCCAUUUUGUUGUAGAGACUGAUGGAAUAAUAACUGUAAAGAGACGGGCUGUCCUUCAUGAGGGGUACCAGAACUUCUCGGUCCAUGCCUGGAACUCACAAGGUCAGAAAAUGACUCUUCCUGUCAGGCUGCUGUAUCAAGAUCAUCACUAUAUGAACAACCGUCUGGAUGCUGAAUUUCAUCAUGAGGCUCAUAAACUCAACACCCAGCUUCAUGAUCACCUGGACUCUGACAGGAAUCAGCAGGAUCCAGCUGGUCCUCAGAUCCCAGUCCUGUAUUUCACCAAAUCCAGUCCAGGACUGAAGAGGAGGAAGAGAAGCUUUAUUGUCCCUCCCUUAACCAUUGCUGAGAGUCAUAGAGGACCUUAUCCGUUGUUUUUUGGUUCGAUCCGCUCUGAUAUGGAUAAGGUGAUGCGGCUCUAUUAUAUGAUCACUGGUCCUGGAGCAGAUCAGCCUCCUGUUGGUCUUUUCACCAUGGACAGAGCCACUGGUCAUCUGUAUAUCACACAGGAAGUGGACAGAGAGAAACAGGACAAGUACAUGCUUAUAGCCCAUGCUAUGACACAGGGAGGUGCAAAUGUAGAGGAGCCUAUGGAAAUCAUAAUCAAUAUAAUUGACCAGAAUGACAACAAACCUAUUUUCAAUCAGUCCAUCUAUAUGGGAGAAGUUCCAGAAGCCUCACAAAAAGGUUUUGAGGUGAUUCAGGUUGUGGCCACGGAUGCUGAUGAGCCAAAUACUGAAAACUCUGACAUCCGUUACAGUAUAAUGCGUCAGAGCCCAGAGCAGCCCGGCCCCAACAUGUUUAUCAUCAACCCAGUUACUGGAGUUAUCACAGUCAACGAAGUUGGACUGGACAGAGAGAAAAUCCCUCAAUACACACUGGAAGUACAGGCAGCUGACGUGAAGGGAGAAGGUUUGACUGGAUUUGCCAAAGUGAUCAUCAAGGUGACGGACGGCAACGAUCACGCUCCGGUCUUUACAGAACCUUCUUAUACGGUCACAGUUGAAGAGAAUAAAGUAGACGCUCUAGUUGUUAAGAUGUUGGUGACAGACGGUGAUGAGCCUCAUACCAUGGCCUGGGAUGCAAAGUUCAAAAUUAUUGAUGGAGAUCCAGGAAAUCUGUUUACUGUGCAAACAGGAACAAACAAACAAGAAGGAAUCAUCACUGCUGCUAAGGGUCUGGACUUUGAGAGAACCAGUAAUCACACUCUACUGGUUACAGUGGUGAAUGAGGCUCCUCCUUCUGUUCCAUUGGUCACUUCCACUGCUACAGUGGUGGUGACUGUGCUGGAUGUCAAUGAACCCCCCAUCUUUGAAUCAGAAGAGACGCAUGUGUCUAAAAGUGAGGACCUUGCUGUGAACAGCCUUGUGGUGAAGUACACAGCUUCUGAUCCAGACUCUGCACGCAAACAAAAAGUCAUGUAUAAACUAAUUAGUGACCCAGCUGGCUGGCUUGACAUUGAUAAGGAGACUGGUGUGAUAACAGCGAGAAACCAAAUGGACAGAGAAUCCAGCUUUGUUAAGAAGGACAUCUACACAGCUCUGAUUGGUGCAUAUGAUGAUGAUCAGAUCCCAGCUACAGGAACUGGAACUCUGAUCAUUACACUUAAGGAUGUCAACGACAACGCUCCCAUUAUUGAAGAACGUUCUAUUAUAGUGUGCAACAAGAAACCAGCUCCUCAGCUGCUGACUGUAACAGAUAAAGAUGGACCAGGCUUUGCUUCUCCAUACAGCGUGAGCUUACGUGAUUCUGCUACGGCCAACUGGAUCGCUAGAGUGAACGACGCCAGAACAGCGAUUAUCCUGACUUUGAACCGUGAGCUAGAGAACGGAAAUUACGCUGUAGUCAUGACUGUUUCAGACACGUCUGGUCUGUCUCAGGUCAGCACAGUCACAGCUGCAGUGUGUGACUGCACUGGAGAAGAAGUGAACUGCCAGAAGAAAAAUGUUGGUGGCUCCAACCCGCCAGUCAUCCUGGGAAUACUGAAAGGCAUCCUAAUGCUGCUGUUCAUGCUGGGGCUGCCGUUCUUUCUGUUUGUGAGGCGAAGGAGAACCGCAGAGGAACCUGUUGAAUUCAACGAUCUCAACGACAAGUUUGAGGAAGAGAAGAUGGAGGAGAGAGAGAACCUUCAGGGAGGCGGUUUCAAGUCGCAAGACCCGGAAUAUGACUAUCUGAAUGAAGAGGUUCCCCUUUAAGAAACUGCCUGAUAAUAAAGGAGAACAGGAUGAAGUCAUAUUGUACAUGCUUGGUGUAUUUGAAGAUUAAUGAGAUUUUUUUAAUGACUGCUUUUAGUUUAAUUCCAUUAGUUAUACAUUAGCUGUUGCUGAAAGAUAAAAUAAGCUGUUUUUUUUUUUAUUUGUUUUUUUUUUUUACUUUUUUUGCCUUUUGGACAGAGAGCUUAGUUUUGCAGGCAUUUUAAAGAUGACAUUUAUAUUUCUGUUUUUCAAUACGGAACUUAUUGUAUUUACUGAACACACACCCUCAUUGGCAUCUCGAUUCAUUGGUAAAGUCUGUGCAAAACUUUUAAAUUUUGUGUACAUCUUUGGUAUUCUACAGUUCAGCCCAAAAUUAUUUAAACAUCUCAGAUUUAACUCGAGUAAUCUUGAAAAUUCACUAAGAUGCUUUUUUGUUUUGGAAGUAAUAUUACUUAUUAACAUUUUAACAUCAUAUUGUCGUUCUAACAGUAAUUUUGUGAACAGAGCAAAAAUGAGGGUGAUGGUAAGGAGGCCUUUCAACCUGGAAGGCUUGGAGUUCAUUACAAUAAAACAGUAAAAAGAAAUGCAAAAGCUGAUCAGCAAUAUAAUAAGGGUUUGAUUGCUGUAAUCACAAUAAGGAUUUUAUUAAUUACUAAAGAAAGUAAAAAAGUUUGUUGACACCAACUUCCUGAAAAAAUGAAUUCUACUUUCUACUGUUGAUAAAUAAUACCUAUUACAUUGUUUUAUUUUCUUAGAGGUGGCUUUCUCAUUUACAAUCAUUUCUUAAUUAUAAACAUUAUGAAUCAACCAGGAGUAUGAAUAAUUAUGGGCUUAACUGUUGCUAGACCUUGGUUGCUAGCCAAAGAUGCAUCACCCUAAGUUUGAAGAAUUAACAGUAAAUGUCUUCAGGAUGUUGAAUAUUGAUGUUUUGUAAUGCAAUCAUUUCUGUAAAUAUCAUGCUAAAGAUAAUUUUGGUGUUGGUAGUUGUAGUUGUGCAUAUUUUUUUCAUACUUUUUCUUUUAACUCUGGUUUGAGCUCACAGCAGCAACAGAAUAUGUUUUAUUCCAAGGAUGUCUUUUUAAUGCUAUGAGCUCGGAAAGCAAAAAUAUAUCAGUAUAUCACUUUAUUAUUGUCCCCUUAAAAUUUUCCUUGAAGCAAGGUGAUAAAGAUAAUUUAAACAAUUGAAUCACACAACACUGCAAAAUAAUAAAAUGUCUAAGAAACUUGA